UUCAUUCAUAAGACAAGAUCUGCUACUGUGCACCGUAAUUCUGUCUGUCAUCCUCCGGUGUGUUACGGAUUUCACAUGGAUCUAACAUCGCAUAUUUGACGAGCGGAUAAAGGCAACUGCUUCGUGGGUUUAAAGCUAACGAAGAGGAGUUCUACUCAAACGGAAUUGGGACGAUUUCCCCCUAAACGCGGGGAACUGGAUUAAGCUUCUUCAUGCAACUUUUUUGGAAAGACACCAGGAGCAUCUCACCGGGGAAUCACAAAAAGAUCGGCAAGGUAUCCCUGUAGUAACCCUUUGUGUGUGCCGCUGCCCUACCGCUGCAGGUGACGUCGCGCUCUCUCCGAUAACUGCAGGUUUCCCGAUAUCUCUCGAUCCCUCCGGGGAGAUGUACCAAGGGUUCCCCGGCGACCCCGACAGCGGAUCCCGUGGAAGCUCGUCUCCAUCCGUAGAGUCCCAUUACCUUUCCUCUGUGGACUCCUUCGGGAGCCCGCCGACCACCAGUGCUCCGCAAGAGUGUGUGCCAGUAGGAAGUGGCUUGAGCAUUGUGGGUAGCGGGCCAGGGACCAGUGCUGGAGGGGAGAUGCCCGGUUCAUUUGUACCCACCGUCACAGCCAUCACCACCAGUCAGGACCUGCAGUGGAUGGUCCAGCCAACCCUCAUCUCCUCCCAGGCCUCUGGACAGAGUGGGUCCACUGGCACCACAACCAUGACACAACCAGUGUCACUGGUUGACCCUUAUGACCUGCCAGGCCCCAGUUAUUCAUCAGGGCCUGGAUUCACCCCUCCGAGUUCAGACACGCCAGGGCCAGCACCUGGUCCUAUCCGCCAGUCCAGAACCCGCAGCCGCCGCACAAGAGACGAGUCUGUGAGUGAAGAUGGAGAUGUUGGUGUGUUACUAACACCUGAGGAGGAGGAGAAGAGAAGAGUCCGUAGAGAGAGGAACAAGCUGGCUGCCGCAAAAUGCAGAAAUCGACGAAGAGAACUGACAGACAGACUACAGUCGGAGACUGACAUCCUGGAGGAGGAGAAGGCAGAGCUGGAGGCUGAGAUCUCUGAGCUCCAGAAGGAGAAGGAGCGUCUGGAGUUUGUUCUGGUGGCCCACCAACCAAACUGCAAGAUCCCAUACCAGGAGCAGCCACAGCAGAGCUCAGCACAGCUCCCUCCAGUCCAGCCCCAGCUCCCUCCCCAGACCUUACAGCCACCUGUCUCCAUUGUGGGCUUGACUGUGAAAGAAGACUCUUUCUAUCUGCCUCCUGCCUACACAGCCCAUCCAGCCUCCACACAGUCCCAGCCUCCGGUCCAGCAGCAGCAAGUGCAGCAGCAGCCUCAACCAGGAUUAAUGCAGGAGGUAGAGUUUUCUAGUUCUUUCUAUGGCUCAAGUGAGCCAGCACCUGGUGGGCCGUGCCUUAUGGCCAACGACAGUGGUGGUGGUGGUAACCAUGACGAUGCGGCCAUUGGCAGCUACAACACCUCAUACACAUCUUCAUUUGUGUUCACCUACCCAGAGGGAGCCUGCGGGGUCAGUGCCAACCAGCGGAACAGCAGUAGCGAGCAGUCAUCUGAUUCCCUGAACUCGCCUUCGCUGCUGGCGCUCUGACUGACCGACAGACACAUGCGCACACAUAUCAACACAUACACAAAUUUUGCUCGCUGGAAGUAGAGACUGCGCAAGUACACGUACAGUACCGGUCAGUCUCACAGAUUGAAUAGAAAACUCCAGUCAUUUCUGAUUGGGUUAAAGUUUACACAUUCUGAAAUGCAUUCCAAUAGAGAGCCAUACUAACAGAUAGUUGCACACAAAGUCAAAAUGAUAUGACCUUUAACAUUGAGCUUAAACCAGUAAAGUCAUUUUUAUUAUCAGAAAAACUUCAACUGGACAAGAAAGUGAGAACUGAUCUCAGCAUAAAGGCUGUCCAAGUUGCUAAUCUUAAGUGCUCUGGAGACAUAGAUGAUUACUUUCAACCUCCAGCAUGUAUAGUACCAAGAGUAAAGAGCCACAAAUUCAUUUUACAAGCACCAGUGCCCCCAACUUGUUCCCUCUGUCGGUUGCCCUUCUUCCAGCGCUCUUGCUCUCAUCCUUUUCCAUCCUUUUCUCCCUCCUUUUUCUUCUCGCUGAAUGUGUCUGUGCAAAUCUGAACUAGGGACAAAGGACACACUGUUCAGGGUCUUUACUUGUGGGAGACAGACUGCUGCUGCUCUCUCCCUCACCUCUAACUCUUCAUCUGCUCGACUGCCUUCUGCUUCUUCAUUUGCUUGGACUUGGCGUUGGGGAUCUGAGUAUCACAGCCUCCACUAAAAUCUUAUGCUUUCUUCUCUCGUUUUACAAUUCUACUGCCGUCUGUCUACCUGCCAUGCGACCCAUCUCUACCCAUCUCUGUUUCUCCUCUUCUGUCUCUGUGUUUCUCCCUGUCUCUGAAGUCUUCGACCCCCGAGAGCCCGAAGACCCCCGAGAGCCCUUGGGAUCUUGAGUGAAUGCCGGUUCAACUAACACGCCCUUUUGCAACUUCUCAUACAAGGACAUGGAUGCAACCCCCCCCCCCCCCCCAUAGAGAAGAGCCUUUUUUGGAGCGUGUUGCUUCAAUAGAUGGAUCCUGACAGCUCCAUAUUUGUACACACGCACAUAGACGCAUAAGUGAUGAACGCAAAAUGCAAGACGGAUGCCACUGUCUUCUGCUGAGCCAUUUCUCAAUGUUCACACAAUGAAGAUUAUAAAUGUCUCGUGUUGUGAAGCUGAUUGUAAAGAGGAUGGAGAGAGAAUUUGCAGGAAGAGAGCAAGAGAGAGUAAGCUGGAUAGGUUCAAACAGAGAUGUGAUGGAAAAAGGAUGACUCCCAUCCUAAUCAUUGAUUUUUGGAACCAAAUGUUGCAAACAAAAGAGCCAAAUGUUAUAAAAAAAAAAAAAAAAAACAAAGAAAAAAAGAAAAAAAAAAAUCUGCUCUUGCCAACUACGUGGAGGGGUGACCUCAGUAAAAACACCUCCACACCACAGAGCCUCAUCACCCUGGGCCUACACGCGCAUAUUCACUAACUCGCUUUCAAGUCUCUGAACUGAGGACACUGACAUUGUUGUUGCAGCACACCAGCCCUUUUGCCAGCCUGUUCGCUCACUCAGAUGUGAACCAAUGCCUUUACAGGAAAGACUUUUUUUGAAUCAAACAACCUCUAAAUAUUGGGCUCAGUGGUCUCUGCGCCUCCCCUAUUCUCUCAGCGGAGAUGAGGUGGGGGUGCGUUAUUUUUGAGUGUGUCCACUCAGAGGCACCUGGCCUGUUUAUUUCUUUCUUUAUGGAGGUUGUUGUAUUGAGGGAGUACAAAAUAAGACCUGGAAAAACAAAAGAGGAGAAUAUGCGGGCUGAUAUUGUGGAGUGAGCAUCCUUUCUUUGCCUGUGAAUUUGACCAAUUUGUUUUCUGUAUGUUUGAGUGAGAAGUGUUAUAUAUUUUUAAUGUUUAUGUUUGUUUGUGUGUUUGUUUUGCAUUGACCUAUGCUUUCACUUGUACUGUUGCUGUUUGUUUUUUUUCUUUUAUUAAUAGGGAGAUUUCCUCAUUACUGUUACUAUUAUUAUUAUUGCAUUGUAACUAUUGUUUCAUUAUUUUAUUGUAUUUUCAUUUGGCAACUUUGGAGGCAUGUUGUGCACUACAAGGGUUUUUCUGUGUCAAAAACAAAUCUAAUUAUAAGUCUUAAUGCAUAUACAUAUAUACAGGUAACAUAUAAGUGUAUGUACCAUGAUUGUAAAGUAUGAAUGUUUGCAGAUCUAAAUGGGAUAUUUUUUAUCAAUGAAGAACAAGGAAAGAUGUUACUGAGGUAUAGUUUUAAAAUGAAUAUUUUUCUAAAGGAACAAAAAGAAACUAUAAUAAAUUUAAAGUAAUGCCCUGUCCCUUAAGAUGAAGCACAAUGUCACUGCCUCUAUCAAUGUGUAUUUAUGUUUUAUAAACAGUAUAAAGCACUAUCUAUGACACAUUAAAUGUAUGUUCUAUAAUUAUGAUGUUAAAGGUUGUGGUAACGCCUUUGUUUUGUUUGUUUGUAUGUUUGUUUUUUUCUCUGUGAGGUCUGUCCCAAAGCUACUGACACCUUAACGCCACUUGAUCAUUAGCAACUGCAAAAUGAGGAAAUCUAGUGUGAAUGAAUGUUGACACACAUAUUAAAAGCGUUCAGACUAAAACAUAGACUAAACUGUUUCAUUUAAGGAUUGAAAAUCCUAUAUGCAUUUCUGCUCUAUAUAAACAUAUCACUCAAUAACAUUGUUGCAUCUUAACUGAACUGUGUAUCUGAAGGAGUUUCGGCUUUGACAUAAAUACAGGUAUUGUCUUAACGUUGUCAUAUUAGAGUGUUUCCAUUCUUGUUCUCAAUCAAAUAUGUUGUCUAAUAGAUAAAAGAUUUUGUGAUUGUAUUUGCUGGAUAAGAUGCUUUAUUUUCAAUAAAAAAAUAUGUUUAUUAAAUAAAUGGCUAAUGUUUAAAGUACCCAUCAAACGUGGCUGUUGGUUGUCAGAAAAUGGGCAGACCUCAGACUUUUUAAAAUGUUGAAUAAGGACUGUGUUUGUACAUAUGUUGGAGAUGCCUUUUGACUUUUCUCCAAAUGCAAAUGUGAUGAGAAUAUGUUCUGGUGACAGAAUACGCAUAAAACAUAUUCAAUAGUU